UUGAUUUUGAUUUUUGAAUUUUGCAUAUUUUUGUUUUCUUUUAAACUGGAAGAGGAUGCACAGGGGAAGAAAUUGAAAAAAAUUUUUGUGUUGGCUUUUGUUUACCUGGCGUGUGUGGCAACCAGCUUGCUCCCUCUCUCUGCUUGCUAUUCCUGACCUUUCUUUCUUUUUGCUCCUUUUCAAAAAAAAAUAUUAAUUUCCCCCUCUGUGCAAUGGAGCGUUGGGGGCGGAGGGGGAAGGGUUUGAGAAUCCACCCAAGCCCAGCCCCUUUUCCCCAGAACACCAAUAAUAACCCCCUUUAAAACAUUUACCUUCCUUCUCUGCUCCUCCUCCUCCCCCCUCCCCCACCCGCCCCCAACUCACAACUCUGUUGAGUCCAGAAUCUCAGAAUCGGGCGUUGGGCUUUGCCGGGUGCUUCAGAUCAAUGGAUGAGUUCCACCCGUUCAUCGAGGCGCUGCUGCCUCACGUCCGAGCCUUCUCCUACACCUGGUUCAACCUGCAGGCACGGAAGCGCAAGUACUUCAAGAAGCACGAGAAGCGGAUGUCAAAGGACGAGGAACGGGCGGUGAAGGAUGAGCUGCUGGGCGAGAAGCCUGAGAUUAAGCAGAAGUGGGCAUCCCGGCUGCUGGCCAAGCUGCGCAAAGACAUCCGGCCCGAAUUCCGCGAGGACUUUGUGCUGACCAUCACAGGCAAGAAGCCCCCGUGCUGCGUGCUCUCGAACCCCGACCAGAAGGGCAAGAUCCGGCGGAUUGACUGCCUGCGCCAGGCCGACAAGGUGUGGCGGCUGGACCUGGUCAUGGUGAUUUUGUUUAAGGGGAUCCCCCUGGAAAGUACUGAUGGGGAGCGGCUCUACAAGUCGCCCCAGUGCUCAAAUCCCGGCCUAUGCGUCCAGCCACAUCACAUUGGAGUCACAAUCAAAGAACUGGAUCUUUAUCUGGCUUACUUUGUCCACACUCCGGAAUCCGGACAAUCAGAUAGUUCAAACCAGCAAGGAGAUGCGGACAUCAAACCACUGCCCAACGGGCACUUAAGUUUCCAGGACUGUUUUGUGACUUCCGGGGUCUGGAAUGUGACGGAGCUGGUGAGAGUAUCACAGACUCCUGUUGCGACAGCAUCAGGGCCCAACUUCUCGCUGGCGGACCUGGAGAGUCCCAGCUACUACAACAUAAACCAGGUGACCCUGGGGCGGCGGUCCAUCACCUCCCCUCCUUCCACCAGCACCACCAAGCGCCCCAAGUCUAUCGAUGACAGUGAGAUGGAGAGCCCUGUUGACGACGUGUUUUAUCCCGGUACAGGCCGCUCCCCAGCAGCUGGCAGUAGCCAGUCUAGCGGGUGGCCCAACGAUGUGGAUGCAGGCCCGGCUUCUCUAAAGAAGUCAGGAAAGCUGGACUUCUGCAGUGCCCUCUCUUCUCAGGGCAGCUCCCCGCGCAUGGCUUUCACCCACCACCCGCUGCCUGUGCUUGCUGGAGUCAGACCAGGGAGCCCCCGGGCCACAGCGUCAGCUCUGCACUUCCCCUCCACAUCCAUCAUCCAGCAGUCGAGCCCGUACUUCACGCAUCCAACCAUCCGCUACCACCACCACCAUGGGCAGGACUCACUGAAGGAGUUUGUGCAGUUCGUGUGCUCAGAUGGCUCGGGCCAGGCCACCGGACAGCCCAACGGUAGCGGCCAGGGCAAAGUCCCGGGGUCAUUUUUGCUACCGCCGCCGCCUCCAGUGGCCAGACCUGUGCCCCUUCCUAUGCCUGAUUCCAAAUCCACCAGCACUGCCCCAGACGGCGCCGCCUUGACUCCUCCAUCACCUUCAUUCGCAACGACAGGCGCCUCCUCUGCCAACCGGUUUGUCAGCAUCGGACCCCGGGACGGCAACUUUUUGAACAUCCCACAGCAGUCUCAGUCCUGGUUCCUCUGAUAAGAUCGACAAAAGAAACAACACAAUGAAAAGAAGAGGUUCCUCAAAAGGGGGGAGAAGAAAUUUUGAGACAUGGAAAAAUCCCCCAGCCCAGCCCCACCGAAAAGCAAAAAUUAUACGUCGUCAGCCACUCAGCCCUUCUCUCCUCCCUCCCGGGGACCCCUGUGGGCCCCAGAAAUUGCCCAAUUCUCGGAGAGCCCUUGGAAAGGGUCUCGGUGGAGCUGUGUGCCAGCAGCCAAGCAGAAAGAAACAUGCAAAGCGGACUCUGUCAAGUAGAAGACAGAAAGAAAGGAUGAGACAGAACUGCCUUCCUGCCCACCCACCCAGCCCCAGCCUUCUGGGGAAGGAACAAAAUCCCCAAACAAAGCAACCAGCAUAGUUCUGAAGGGGCCUGGCCCCCAUCCUCGCCCUUCUUAGGGGAACCCCACCCUCCACUGGGCUUGGAGCUUCCAUAGGGAGCUCGGAGGACCAGCUUGUAAAGAUGAUGGGGGCAGAUCCUUCGGGCUUUCCUCUGUGGGCUCUGCCCCUCCCUCACAGCCUUGGCUCCGACUUCUUCCUCAGCUGCUCUGGACCAGCGAGGGAGGGCUUCCCCCGCCCCACCCUUGGGCUGAAAGCCCCCAGGUGGGCAGGGGGUGACCCCUGGAGCUAGUUGCAUGAGCCCAGAGACGAAGGUGUUCUGCCACCCCACCCUGAACCGCAGGGGCAGUUCCUGGACCGACCCCUCUGUACAGUCCAUAGGAAAAAGUCGGAACGUUGAGCUCACCCCCCAGCUCAGACAGGCCCCCUCUUCCCUCUCUCCGCAGGCCAGGAGGGCCACUCUCCUGCCACGCAACGAAUGAGGGGAGUCGGGCCCCAGGUCGCCCCCGCACCCCAUCCCUGCAUGCAGGUGCCCUCGCUCUGCCCCAUUGGUCCCUGUCCCUGCCCCUCAUGCAAUCAGCCCUGCUGGGGCCAGGCCGGAGAGUGGAGCAGAGAGGGGAUUCCGGAGCUGAGCGAGGAGGACGAGGCAGCCGUUGCUACUGUCGGCUAAGCCACCACCUGCGCUUAGGUAGGCGUCCUGCUCACCGCCGACUUUCAGUUCCUUUGGAGGGUGUUGGGUGUCAUCCUUUUCAAGUGUUUUGGAGCUUUCUGCCCUCCCCCCAUCCCCACCCCUCCCAUGGCCACUUCUCUCUGGAUUUUAGCUGUAAUGUCUUUGCUCUUUAUUUAGGGGUGGGGCAUUCAUUGUUUGGGUCUUUUGCUAUUGCAAUUGGGAACUCCUCCAUUUGAGCAACUUGGGAACAAUUUGGUAACACGCCACACCACAGGAAGUAACUCUCCCCCCCAGCCCCCUCCUCCCCCAAGGGAUGGUUGGGGGGCCUGUCCAGAGGGUCUUCAGAAGCCUCCCUGGGAGGGAGGUGGAGCAUGAGCACACCUAGCUCCUCUCCAGGGUGUGACUUGGCCCCUCUGGCUUGUCUUUCUGUGCCUUACUCUCUCCUCCCUGUGUCUCCCCUCCCUGGCCCCCUUGGAGUCCUUGUGCCUCUCUUUUUCUUCACUGUAUGAAAACACAAAGCACAGGUCAGGAUCCUCUGAAGGUCAAUCAAUCCAACAUUGCACCACGUAGGGGUGGGUUAUGGAUUUUAUUUAUUGUGAAUCUAGUGUGUGAGGCUGUGGCCCACAAGCAGGCGAGGGGGGAAGAGAGGGAGGGCCAUUACCUGGGGCUGAAGGGGCCAGGAGGUAGUGCCUCCUCAGGUGGAAGAUGGCUGGCCCCAGGGGAGCUUUUGUUGGAAGUUGAGGGAAACCUCCCCCAUUCCCCCAGCACGCAGCCGAUCCCAGGGCUGAGGGGUGGGGGAUUCCCACAGGAGCCUCCGGGGGUGGGACGUGGGGAGUAAGGCCCCAGGGCUGGGGGGCCGGGUGGGCCGGGCGUAAUGCGCGGUAAAAGUGCAAUGAUUUUUCAGUUCGGUUGGCUAAACAGGGUCAGAGCUGAGAGCAGAGCGGAAGGGACCUCCUGCCUGGCUGCACGUGCCCCUUCCCUCAAAGACAAUCGGGCCCGCAGACGCUGUAGGCCUGCGGGCGUCGGGGCCUGCGGGGUACCCCCCACCCCGGGCGAGGUCGGAAGCUGCAGGCCAGCUGGGCCCGGGCCGGAGCGUGCCCGGCGGGGCUGCCCCGGCAGGCGGGGGUUGGGGGGUGCUCCUUUCUCACGUGGUGUUGUCAGGGGCAGGCGAGGGGCAAUGAGGGCGACAACAGAUGUGGGGACGUGUUAGGAGAGGGAAAAAAACCCACAAAGAUAUAUAUGGGGGAAAUGAACUUUUGUUUUUUUCAUUGAACCAAGUGCAAUGCAUCAGAGUUUUCCUAUCUUUGUAUGUUAAGAGAUUAAGAAAAAAUUCUAUUUUUGUUGUAAUGUCCUCGAGGCUCUGGGGACGCUAAAAGAACCGGGCCUGCCCCGCCCUGCGUGGGGAUAAUGAAAGCUGAGUGUUUUUCCUUUUUUUUUUUUUUUUUUUUUUUUCUGUUUUUAGUUUUUCUUUUUCUUUUUAAGUCGUUUUCCUGUGUUGACGAGGAUGAUCUGGGGUUUUUAUUUGUUUCGUCGUUCGUUCUCGGUUUCGGUGGGAGGGCUGAAGGAAACGUUCACAUUUCAGAGUUUAAAAAAAAAAAUCCAACACCUCGACAUUUAAGAAAACCAACACAAGAUCAAAAAGGAAAAGGACGAGAGAAAAUUAUUUUUAAGAUAAUUAAACAAAAACCCUGGUGCUUCUUACAUUAUAAAGUACGUUUUAAAAAAAUCCACAAACUAUUAUACAUAAGUUUAUGAAUCAAUUAAAUAUCCUGCACUUGUUAGGAACAAGCAUAUCCCUUCUUUGUUGAGUUUAACGGAACGGGACAGCGGCGUGCGCCCGGCGGCUGGGCUGCUUCAGCCGCGGGUCUCCCCGGGCGCCCCCUCCCUGAGGCCCAGCGCCCCCUCCUCGCCCCGUCCCCGUCCGGGUACCGGGGCGCGGCGGGGGUCCCCGGCCCCUCCCCCGCAGAGGUCAAUGCCAACGAACAAACGUCCCCUCCCUCCCUUCUUCCACCCCGAGCGCCCUUCUUUGAGCCAGACGCCAACUUGACCCUCACCAGCAUUAUCAGGAGCGCGCUCAGCAAGUUGGUAGUUUCCUCUCCCUCCCCGUCCCCGGCGCCCCCCCACUCAACAUCACUCUUUCCACCCGCGGCUCCCUUCGGGGAGCACCGGGAAGGCUCACGCUCCAGGACAGGCCCAGCCACGCUGACAGGUCGAUUUGCCCAGGCCCGCGCCCGCACGCACGCACGCACACGGCCCUGCACACAGCCCCGCCCCACCCCGCAACGAGCCCUGUCGACUGCCUUACACACCCGCCCCCGCGCUGGCCGGCAGACCUAGUGCCUUGUUCUCACCCCCGUGCUGGCGGAGCGGACGCCGCGCUCUGGGUCCCAGAGGGGCCGGGUGGCUCAGACGACCCACCACUUCCCCACCCCGACCGUGCUGAACGGACCCCCCCACACGAGAGAAAAUAAAGGAGCAAUAAAGUCACGAGAACUUUCGUCCCCCAAUCGAGAGCCCGAGGGGCAUCCCAGCCCCGCCUCUGCUCCCCACACCCCACCCACCCUCGGGGCGCCCCCCUCCCCCCUCAAGCCAGCCUGGGCCAGCCCCGUUCGGCCCCUUCCGGGAGAUCCGUGCGCCCGACCAGCACCAGCAUCGCGGACCGCAAAGGCCGCCCGUCCCGUCAAACAAGUUUCUUCUUAGGCUAAGAAACGCAGUAUAUACGAGUAUCUCUAUAUAUAGUACUAAUGGAUUUGGUGUGCUUCCCCCUUAGCGUCCCCUCCCUCUGCUCCUCCUUCAGCCUGGUCUUCCCUUCUCUCUGCCCUCCACCCCCGUCUCUGCACUGAGAUACAUAAGAAACAAGGGUAGUUUACUGUCUGUUUUGUUUUCUGGGUUUUCAGUGUCCUAGCGGAAUGCAAGUAGGCAGCCAGCCCGUCUGUCCCUCUCCGCCCCGCCCCGCCCCGCCCCCGUCACUGCGCUUCUGUUAUACCAUCUUUGCCUGACUCUCCGGCUUCUUCAUUGAAUGGCUAAUGUGUAUGUGAAAUAAAUAAAGAAAAACAAAAGCAAGA